CUUUGCCCAAGGUUGCUCUUCUGCAUGGCCCCAUUUUCAGACUUUCAGGCGUCCGCCUAACCCGCCAGUAACUGCGAUUAAUACAUGCCUGGUGGAGGACCAACGCAUCUCCGCGUUCUUGAGAACACCCUUCUUGAUUUACAUACUGCCGCCAGUCUCAUACAAAAACAAGCUAUGGCAGUCUAUAUAUCCGUGCCCAUUCUCGACGAGCUCGUUCAAUCCGUCAAAGACAACCCUACUUAUAAAGCUGUAAAUGCAAUGGCUUGUGGAAUCCUCAGCUACUACUUUGCACCAUCCAACGGUUAUGUAAUCUCGCCAGAACGUGGCCGAAACGACCACGGCGUAGAUAUGGCCAUCUACCGCAUUCGACGCCGUUUUCCAGACGAUCAAAACACUCUAGACCAUACACUCGUUGGAGUAAAAGGCUCUAUGGCCCCUACCGAGCAAUCUUUAGAUCUACUCGAAGGUGCUCUAGAAAAUCAACCACUAGACCUGUGA